CGCUUUUCAAUAAACGUUUCGUUAAAACAAAUAAAAUUGGGCCCUGGGCCAGUGCCUUAAGCAACCUUCACCACCUGCCACCAACUGUUUUUAGACGGAAACCACCGUUAUCCUCUUCUCUGUGGAGAGACCAGGGAUCAAGCUACGAAUUUAGGGUUUUUCGAAUAGGAAAAGAAAAAUCUCUAUCAGAAAAUGUUGAGACUACAUCGUUUCAUACAAAAUAAUAGUAAUUCGACCCGAGCGUCACUUCUAUUAUGUCAAAAACAGCAACGAGAAAAGAAGAAUCUCAUUGAUCCAAUUCCUUCUAUGCAUUUCUUCCAGAAAACCUCCACUCGCUUUUUGGAUAUUUACCAGCUUGGAAACAAAGCAGCUAUUGAGAAAGAGCGAGAAAGGCUGGCAGUAAAGAUGAGAUGAAUAGGGGUUAUUUUGCUGAUAUGGCAGAGUACAAGCAACAUGGUGGCAAGAUUGCGAUGGCAAAUAAAAUUAUAAUUCCUGCAGUGGCAGCUGUGAAGUUUCCCAACAUAGAAGUAAACUAUUCAGAUGGCAGAACUUUAAAGUUGCCCAUUGGGUAUAAUGGAAAUAUAGGUGAUGUUGAUGCAUCCACUACUCCUAAAGCAUCUUUAGUAUGUCUUUCAUUUCGAGCAAGCUCUCAGGCAAUGAUUGACUCCUGGACCAUGCCUUUCAUCAGUAACUUUUGCGAUGCAAAAGAUAUCCAGCUUUAUCAGGUCUCUCUCAUAGAUUCCUGGUUGUUAUGUAGGACUCCAAUCAAGCGGUUGCUUCUUCGAAUAAUGAGGAAACCUAGUGGCGAUGGAAACAAUGCACUUCAGAAGCAGAUUCUUUAUUCAUUUGGUGAUCAUUAUUACUUCAGAAAAGAACUUAGAAUACUAAACCUCCUCACUGGAUAUAUUUUUCUACUUGACAAAUUCGGUAGAAUAAGAUGGCAAGGCUUUGGAUUGGCAACACAAGAGGAGUUGUCUUCCCUCCUUUCCUGCACAUCAUUUCUUUUGGAAAGGAAAUGAGGUAUUUUCCUUUUCAGUGUCAUUUUUUACUUCUUGAAGAAAUUCAACAUCCUGGUUUGGUAAAUAUGAAAUGGCAAUAUUGAUUCCCCCAUGGUUGCUUGCAAUGACAUUGGCUUGCUAAAGAGAUGACUGAUGGCAGCGGUUAUUCUUUAGCCAUUUUGGGAUUGCAUGGAGAAAUUUGGAUAGUUCGAAUGACAGGUCUCUGUUUUUUUUCGGCAGACCCGGACAGUUGAAGUUUUUGAAAAGGCUUUGUAGGAUAAUCUCUUGCAUCUGCAAAUACUCAUGAUGUGGAGUGAAUAAUCUCUUGUUAUACUAUUUUUUCCACCUUGUUUGUUUUCUCCUAUAAUGGUCCUGUUUAAUAGUGCUUUUUAAGCACAUUGGAACUUCACAGUUUUAUAUUUGAAAGAAAAUUCUCAAUUAAG